AUGAAGCCGGACGAGGCCGCGCUGUGCGACCUGCUCGAGGUGACCAGGCGGGUCAUGCUGCCCGCGAAGGACAACGGCACGUUCUGGUGCGAGGGGGUGAACCCGCUGCGGAUGUGCGAGUGGGCGCUGUCGGAGCUCGCCGAGGUGGAGGAUGAGAUCAAGGCUGCGCAAUCGUCGGUUCGAAAGCGUCGGUCCGGCGACGACACAGCUGGCGACGACCUUUCCUUCGCCGAGGCGACGCGACGGGUCCAGGACGAGGUCGGCGACCUCAUCUUCGACGUCAUCAUGCUCGCGUGCGUGUGCGAGCGGGACUUCGGCGGUGUGGGCGGACGGUUUAGUUCGGGGUUCACGCUCGCGGGCGCCGCGGCGAACGCGUCGGCCAAGGUCAAGCGACGGUGCCCGUACACCUUCGGCCCACGGGCGCGUUUGGGGCCGUGUCCGGACAAGGCGACGGAGGAGGCGGCGUGGGCGGACGUAAAGGCGAUGGAGAAGGCGUCGAGGGCGCCCGGGGGCGGUCCGAUGCCGCCGGCGCCGCCCACGUAUAACUCGGCUUGGGAUCGAUGGUGUUUCAAAAGCGGACGUCUCUUCGACGGACAGGCUGUCUUGCCCGUCGCCGUCGCGGCGGCGUUCGCGACGGGCUGCGUCUUCGGCGCGCGAUCGUGGCGAUGA